CCUUCAAGGCCUCUUUAAUUCAUUAUGUCUGUGUUUACAUGCUAGCGAGACUGCUGGCAAAUCGAUCGGGCUAUAAAACGUCGAAAUAUCCCUCACAGCGGCACGACAACUGAUCCUCAAGAUGCCUUCCACUCCAGAGCAAAUGACCAGAUAUGAAAAAAUUGAGGCGGUCAUUAAGGGGUUUAAGUUGUCGUCACUUACCUACAAGAGGGUGAUGCACCUCCUGCACGAGGAGAUGAAGAGCGGACUGUGCAGCAAGUCACACGUGCGCGCCGACAUCAAGAUGUUCCCCACUUUUGUCAGGGCCUUACCUGACGGUUCAGAAAAGGGGAAUUUUUUGGCCCUUGACCUUGGUGGAACUAAUUUUCGGGUAUUGCUGGUAAAACUGAACGGACAUGACGUUGAUAUUCAGAGUAAGACCUACCUCAUUCCACAGCGAGUCAUGCUGGGAACCGGAACUCAGUUAUUCGAUCACAUAGCAGAUUGUAUAAAAAAGUUCAUUUAUGAGCAUGAUUUACAAAACCAAAAGCUGCCUCUGGGUUUCACAUUUUCCUUCCCGUGUAAGCAAGAAGGCCUUGCCAAAGCGCGUUUAUCCCAAUGGACAAAAGGCUUCCGGUGCGAAGGGGUUGUGGGCGAAGAUAUAUGUCGCCUGCUGCACGAAGCACUGCUUAGAAUUAAGAUCAACUCAGUAGAGGUGGUGGCCGUUGUCAAUGACGCCGUGGGAACUCUGAUGUCGGCUGCUCACAGUGACAGGCAGUGUGAGAUCGGCCUUAUUCUAGGGACCGGAUGCAAUGCGUGUUACAUGGAAUCUCUUGAAAAUGUCGGUCUGUGGGAAGGGGACCGCGAUCAUCCAAACCAGGUCAUAAUAAACACAGAAUGGGGAGCAUUUGGCGACAAUGGAUGUUUAGACUUUAUUAGAACCGAGUACGAUCGAGAACUGGACAAUUUCUCCAUUAAUCCUGGAAAACAAAUAAUGGAAAAGAUGAUUUCUGGAAUGUACAUGGGUGAGAUUGUACGAUUGGCAUUAGAAAGACUUGCCAUGGAUGAACUUUUGUUUUCCGGCAUCGACAAAGAAAGCGAACUUUUUAUUCGAGGCAGAUUCUAUACGAAAUACGUCUCAGAAGUCGAAAGUGACAAUGACGAAUUCUUCAGAAACACCAAGCAAGUACUUGAUGAGUUAGGCAUUGAAAACUACACAUCCGAUGACUGCAAGAUUGUCAAAUACGUCUGCACCCUUGUAUCUGCGCGCGCAGCUUUCCUUUCAUCAGCUGGCAUUGCUACCCUGAUAAAUCGCCUUAAAAAGAAGUCGAUGACGAUUGCCAUUGAUGGCUCCCUAUACCGAUUUCAUCCUCGAUUUCAUAAUCUUAUGGUCCUGAAAAUUAAAGAGCUUGUUAACCCUGGUCACAAGUUCAAGUUGACGUUAUCCCACGACGGAAGCGGAAAAGGUGCUGCACUGGUUGCUGCUGUAGCAACAAGACUCCUGGACAAAAAACAAGUUGCUGAGUGAGGAGGCUGUACAAUAUAGAACCUGAGGAGGAAGAAUCUUGCGAUUGUAAGAUCACGUGACGUUCUAGAUGAAAUCACGUGACUGUACUCUUCUAUUCAUCUAUAUUGUUUGCCAAAGUUUGGAAAAUAUGGGUUUUGUUUUUUUUAUGCUAAUCUUAGAUCUAUAUUAGCCAUCCGCAUAAUGAUAUUGCGCCAGGUUGACGAACGCUGGCUAAAAACUAUACACAUGUACAUAGGUAUCUGCAGGUAACUGCAAUUUUGUUGCGAUGUAUAUUAAUGAAGGGAAUUCUUGUGUUGUAAACGUAUGCUACCAAAAUGAAGUCUGUUGUGUUGAGAUUUUUAUCAAUGAAGUGGAAGAGCUUAUUUUUUUCAUUGAUAUGUUUUACUGGACACAUACUCGAAAAUGGUUUGAUUUAAAAAGAUACUUUUUACAGCGGAACAGUACAGCAUUAAUUAACUCAUAAGAGUUUCUUAUUGUCAAUCGUUAAAAGCAACUUCUUGUUACAUACUCAUUAUUGUAAAUGCAUUUACCUUAUAAACAGUAUUUAUAUUAUAAGCCUUGUGCAGUUCUGCAAACUUGUUUUCCGGUAAUUGCUGAUAUAUUAUGCUUUUUGUUAUGAAAUAUGGAAUUGUUAUUAUUAAAAUUAAAAGAAAAAAUGA